AUGGCUCCCGAUCAGGAUGACGAUGAAAGGCUCGGAGAACGAAUUGCUUACGCUGCAGCCAUGAAGGAUGGAAUCAUCGGGAGGCUUGAGAGACUCAGAGUCCAGCCAACUGAGCCUGAUGAAGUGGCCAGGAAAUGGUCAACAGUUGUAGGCUCGGCCAAAAUGGCUACUGCCGAGGAGCCCCAGCCCUCAACUUCAUCAUACUUCCCAUUGCCAGAGACUGAAACCAACGCGAAUGUGCUUUCUGCAGAGCUCCAGUCACUGUUCCAAAAAUUGAUGAGCAAGCGCCACCCCGCUAGCGAUCUUCUAGCACGCCACUUUACCAUUUUAGAAAAUGGUAUUCCGAAAAGAGACAAGGGGUCCAAGAGUUCUGUGCCGAUCACUGAGUUUGAGGUCCUGCCCAGUCCUUCCCAAGUGCCGUCACAGAGAAAGAGAAAAGCAAUUGUCAUGGACUGUGAAAUGGUCCAGGCUCAUACGGGCAAAGGCAUGCUCGCAUUUCUGACAGCACUGGAUUUCCUCACAGGCGAAGUCCUUAUCAACCACUAUGUCCAGCCGAGAGAAAAUGUGGCGAACUGGAACACCGAGUACAGUGGCUUGACCCGUCAAGACAUGGAGGAGGCUAUGCAUUCAGGCAAUUGCCUUCAGUGGGAGGAUGUCAGAAGCCGACUGGGCUCUUAUGCCGACACAAACACCAUCUUGGUCGGGCAUGCUCUAGAGAACGACCUGAAUGCUUUGUGCAUUGCUCAUCUGAACAUUGUUGACUCAGUGAUUCUGACCUCUGACGCGGUAUUCCCUGAUCGAGAGGCAGAUAAACCAUUACCGAGGCGCAACUACGGGCUGAAGAUCCUGGCCAAGGAUCUCCUCGGGCAUCCAAUCCGGGUUGGCGGGGUGGGCCACAGCGCCAUGGAAGACAGCAUCACAACCCGUGAUAUCGUUCUUCUAUGCCUGAAGGAGCCAGAGAGGCUCCUGAACUGGGCGGUCAAGGCACGGGAGGUGGAUGACAAGGAGCAGAGGGAGCGAGCGAAGGUGCAGCGUGAGGAGAAGAAGGCCAAGCUGCGUGAGGAAGAGCAGAAGAAGCAGGCCAAGUGA